UUUUUUUUUAUAUAUAUAUAAUGACUGAAGUAAUAAUAGAACAUCGACCUGGUGAAGCACGUAUUAAACCCGAAUUUCGAAAAGAAUGCUGGGUAGAUCAUGAAACUUCUGUAGUUCCUUUAGUUGAUGAUAAUGCAGCUGAAGAAGAACCCAACCAAAAAGGAAAAAAGACUAAGAAUGUUCGUGGAGCUAAUAAAGGCAAUAGAGGCAAAAAGCGUAUUGUGGAUACUGUUUUGAUUUGUAAAAAUUUAUCUCGAGGAGAAGAAUGUACUUUUGGGGAAAAGUGUAAAUACUCUCAUGAUUUAGAAGCUUAUUUGAAAUCAAAACCUGCUGAUUUGGGUGAUCGCUGUGUUCAAUUUGAUCUAUUUGGAAGAUGCCCUUAUGGUUACAAAUGUCGUUUUCUCAAUGCUCAUUUGAAUAAGGAAGAUAACACAUUGAUUAUUGAUGAAAAGAAGGUUGCUGAGCAUCCUACUUAUAUUUUAAAUGGUAUUACUUCUGAACUGCAAAAAAAACUUCAAAAAAACAAGUAUGAGUUCCCUAAAACAAAGGCUUAUAUGGUUGAAGUUCAAAAGGAAAUUGAAGCAGACCAGCAAAUGAAAGAUGCCAAUGCUUUAAAGAAAAGAAAAGCCUUGGAAGAUAACUUUGAGGAAAAUGACAAAGUAGUGGAUGAUAACACCAAUAAGAAAGUAAAAAAGGAAGAAAUGUAUGAUAGUGAUGAAAAUGAUGUAUUUUUUGAUGCAGCAAGUGAAUUUACAAAUGUUACCAUUGAGCCUUCCAUUGAAACAAAUAAAGAAGAAGAAAAACCUAUUGGGCCUAUUGAUACAGGCUAUAAAAAGAUUAUUGACUUCAGAAAUAAGACUUAUCUUGCUCCACUUACGACAGUGGGAAAUUUACCUUUCCGUAGAAUUUGUAAAGAGUUUGGUGUAGAUAUUACAUGCGGUGAAAUGGCCCUAGCACCUAAUCUUUUAAGAGGUCAACAGUCUGAAUGGGCUUUAACAAAACGCCAUUACACAGAAGAUAUUUUUGGCGUUCAAAUUUGUGGCUCUAAAGUCGAACAAAUCACCCAAGCUUGUGAGGUGUUGAGUCAAGAGGUUGAUAUUGAUUUUAUUGAUCUUAACAUGGGUUGCCCAAUUGAUCUUAUUUACAAACAGGGUGCUGGAUCUGCUUUAUUAGAAUCAAGAGGUCGUAUGUAUAAGAUGUUAAAGGGUAUGAAGACCGUAUCUACUGUCCCUAUUACCGCCAAAUUUAGAAUGGGUGUUAAAGAUAAUUACCCUAUUGCAGAUCGUAUUGUUCCCAAACUUGAUGAGUUGGGCAUUGCAUUAGGUGUUCUUCAUGGGCGUUCACGUGCACAAAGAUAUACCAAAAAAGCAGAUUGGGAAUACGUUGGUAAAAUGAAAAACUUAACUAGUACUAUGCCCAUUUAUGGCAAUGGCGAUAUUAUGAGUUUCGAAGAUUAUAAUCGAGACCGAGAAAUAAGUGGAUGUGAUGGUGUAAUGAUCGGUCGAGGAGCCUUAAUUAAGCCCUGGAUUUUUGAUGAAAUCAAAAACCAACGCCAUUUAGAUAUUUCAGCCAAUGAACGAUUUGAUAUGUUGAAACGAUUUUGUAAUUAUGGUUUAGAGCAUUGGGGAUCAGAUAGUCAAGGUGUUAACACAACACGACGAUUCCUUUGUGAAUGGCAAUCGUUUCUCUAUCGAUAUAUCCCGGUUGGUAUCUUGGAACAACCUCCUCAGAAUAUGAAUGAGAGACCUCCACCUUAUGUAGGUCGUAAUGAUUUAGAGACUUUGAUGGCAAGUCCCCUUGCUUCUGAUUGGGUAAAGAUCAGUGAAAUGAUUUUGGGACCUGCUCCUGAAGAUUUUAAGUUUGUACCAAAGCAUAAAGCAAAUUCAUUCGAAAAAGUCGAGGGAUAAUAUUAUUUUAUAUUUAAUAAAGAAAAAAAAAUCAUUUGUUAUUUUCACA